AUGGAAGAUCGAAACUCAAAUGUGCCAUCACUGAUCGUGGCUCUAGAUAAUGAUUUUCCCGAUAAGCUGAACUUCUUUUGUCCAGUAGUGAAUAAUUUACAACGCGACCGUUUUUGUUAUGAUAAUUACGACGCUUAUUCAAUUGCAUGCGUAAUUGAUUUGCAACCACUUCAAUUGGUGCCAUUCUGCUUGGGAUAUAAGCACCAAUGUUCCAAAUUAACAUUUCCCAAUGAUCUUUGGUGUCCCAGAGAAUACCGACGAUAUCGUACUUUUUGCACAAAAUGCAAGAAAUAUCAAUGCGACAAACUAUCAACCUUACUCAAACUAGACUUGUCGUGCUCCUGCGAACCGUACAGUUGCCAUCAAAACCGAAUGGGCACACGUGUAGCGUUAUGGUGUCAACGUUACGAACUAUUUUGUAAUAAGAAAAAACGUUUGGAAGAAAGUGAAAGGUUGUUUUCAUUGCUUCCAGGAGCUGGUCACGUACAUCAGGAGUGUUUGCGGUUUUUAAAUAUUGCUGAUACCCUCUGUAAUCCUUUCAAACCGGACUUCAGUCACGGACGCUGUAUCAAGUUUUUGGUUGACUGUGAACUUAUUUACAAUUUUCCGAUAACAACAACAAUCGCAAAAGUAACAAGUCAUCAGUGA